AUGAUGAAGAGAGUUGCAAUGAAAGUUGAGGCUAUCGUCGGCCGCGAACAUUCCGAUGCUUCUAUCGGCUGUUUGCAGGACUUUGUCCUGAUUCUGUACCAGCUUCUUCUUCCUGAAGGAGCCAGCCGAGGUGAUAUUUUGUACAGGAGCACAAUCGAUGUCUCCAUCCACAAGAAGGGUGUCCUUGAGAGGUACGAGAGUGACCCGAAUUAUCAGUUUUUACACGAUCGUGUUUCGGAUGUUUUUGCGGCCAACUUUAGGUCUGAUUUUGAAAAGUUGAAGAAAAAGAAGCCCAAUGAGAAGAUGUAUCAUAAUGAGUUUAGCAAGGCAAGUGCGCCCGACGUCCUGGGACCUCAAGCCAGGUACAUACCGUACGGUGCCAACAAUACCGAAUACGGCGCCAGUGUUGCGGUCGCUACUACUUUUCUGUGCGAAAGCAUCGCGAGGAAGGUUUUUCCUUGUGAGUUGGACGUGGAAAGGGACGAGGCUCAUUACACACACAUAGUCCUGAAUCGGCUGAGUAAGGAGGUUUUGGAGCCCGUGUGGAGCAUGGAGUAUUGUCCACGUUUUUCGGUGUGUAAGGUUAGGCAGUAUCUGGAGGACGUGAAAGCCAGCAAGUCUAAGAUUGCGGCAGAUGCUCUGCUUCCGCAUGAAAUCAUCCGCUAUGUGAAUGAUCCUCAUGCAGAUAACAUGCAUGAUGUAAAAUAUUAUUCCGAUGUGGAUGAUUCCUAUGUGGUUGAUCGUCCGGAUGUUGGGGACGUAGCUAAGCUUCAAUGGAAGGCAAUGGUGGACGAUUUGUCUAACAAAGGCAAGUGGAAGAACUGCUUGGCUGUAUGUGAAUUCUUCACGGACCGUUCUGACGUGUCCAAGUCUGGCUUGUCCGAGGUUAUGGGGCUACUGGUGUCUCAACUGAAUGAUAAAGAGUCCUGGAAAGGAAAGGUCAUCCCUUUCACUCGGAAUCCCAAACGGCUCCAUCUCAUACAAGGCGAUGAUCUCAAGUCCAAGCUCGCCUGCUUCAGAGGCACGGGCAUCAGCGGAAAUAGCGCGACAACUCAAAAGGUAUUUGAUUUUAUUCUUCAAGAGGCUGUGAAUGCCAAUUUAACGCCAGAGCAGAUGAUCAAAAGGGUGCUAGUUUUUGUCCGCAUGGACUUUGAUAUGUCGUCUAUCCAGGCCGAGCACUGGCCGAUCACUUAUCAGAUAAUGAGGAGCAAGUUUGAAGAGAAAGGCUAUGCAGUGCCACACAUAGUGUUCUGGUACAUGUACUCCCGCGACAGCGACAUGGUCGUAUCUUCACAAGUAUCGGGGAUGACCACCUUCACAGGCUACACCGACGAUUUCUUUAAGUUGUUCUUGGAUAGGGAGGGAGAUGUCAGCCCUAAUCAUGCCAUGGAAGCAGCAAUAUGUGGAAAAGAGUACCAAAACCUGGUUGUAGUCGACUGA